AUGCACAUUGUCGCCUACUCCUCCAUGUACGCCAAUUUCUCGACGGCAAAAUCGGCCCCAAGAGGGUUGACUGUGAUUGGCGUCUUCUUCCAACUGACCACUGAUCAGUCCAAAUCCAGUCUGUCAAAAAUGGGCAACCUCUUAUCAAUUAUUGGCCAGCUCACAAAUGCGAGUACGACCACCAAAAUACAGUCGUUUGACCCUCAUAUUCUCCUGCCCACUAAAAAGAACCAGUUUUUCCGCUAUUUCGGUUCUCUCACUACGCCGCCCUGCACGGAAAACGUCCAAUGGACUGUGAUGAGAAAUCCCCUCCUCGUGACCACUGCAGACGUAAGUUUCUCUGUCGUCUCCCUUCUGUCUGUGUUCAUGGAUUUUUUCAAUUUCGCCGGGGCUGAAAGCUGAAAAUGGACCGUGAGGGAAGACGGUAAAUGCGUCGCACUGCAAGCAUAAGGACAGACGACGUCCAUAACUCCUCCUUUUUAACGGAAAAUUCAGAGAGUUUCCAGUUGUAUGGAAAGGUUGAGCGCAGAGAAAGCUCAGCUCAUUCGAUUGAGGUUAGCUGACGGAUUCUGGAAAAGGAGCAAGAUUGAAUCGAGGAAUAUUGGGGAACAGGGGAAAAUGAGGCAGGGAUGCCCUAUAAUUAACCGGCCGAGAUCUCGUCUGUUGAUAAGGCAAGACUGGACAAAAUCGACUUGAUAUGCAGCCACACAGUUAAGCGUACGAAUAUCUCUGUUUGCUGUUGUCCUCCAGCUGAAAGAUGGUUGUGAUAAAUACAAGUACGCUAAGGGAAUUUGCCAGCGUAGGCGGACAAGGAAGUCCGGCAACAAAAAAUGGCGUAAGAGGGCGCUCAGGCUGUGCAUGAGUUCAACGUCCGCGCAGCCGACCACAUGGCUGAAUGCUGCUCGGGGGUGGGGGAGUUGAAGAGAUGCAUCUGUCAGACAGGAGGGUGGGAAAGGCAAAUGUGAGAGUCAAAACACCGGACCGUCAAGCAGGGGGGGGGGAGCCUAAUCCUCACUGCUUGGGAUCUGGCGGCUGAUUUAUCUGAGUUCAUUCUACUGGUUGCAAGUAAAUGCUUUGGACCAACAUGGGGACUAGAUGAGAGUCCGACAGGCGUUACUGCGAAUUCACACUAACGACAGAUGUCGACAUUCGGAUGUAGUGACACGCCCAUGUGCCGGCUCCCGCCGCGCCGAUUGGGAUCCGUUCCACCCCCUAUUUUUGUUGAGGUACAAAAUCCCGGUCAGUGUUGUUGUGGGCCGGGGGGGAAUGUGGUGGUACUACACCUAGGUGGGGGUUUGCGCCGUACCGGCCACCUGCGUCGUCUCAGCGCUCCAGUCUUCUUGACUAUGUCUUGACGCCGGCCGAGGUGGGCGGGGAAAAAAGAGUGCGGUAGAUGCUGUGCAAGUCUUCACUAUAAAUUAAUUUAUGCUCAAAUCCCAGUGCCUGCUCUCACUUUGCUGUGCAGGGCGCGGUAGACAUUGUGCCGGGCGAAGUUAAAUGGAGUUUGGUCGAAAGAUAUUCGCAGCGAGUGAAAUCAAAAGCAGUCACCUAAGACCAUUCACCGCCUACGGACAUCGCGCACCGUCACUGGUUAUGCAACGCAUUCUGUACAACCGAUGGUCUACAACACGGAAUAUCAAGUUAGGAUGGUAAAAGUAGAAUUUUACUUAGUAGACCGAAAACGGCUAUUGAACUCAGUGGACGGGGUUUUUUGAUGAUAAGAAGCCACCCCAAUCCUCCAACGUUUCCGCUAUUCUAAAACUGCUUCUGUGAACAAAAGGUUGCAUUACUUUCAUCAUUUUCGGUCCAUACCAUGAGAAAUUUAUGAAAUACGGACCAAUGCCUGGUAAACCAAUGUUUUUUGUGUUUUCUGGACUUGCAGUUGGAGAAACUACGAUCCCUCCGGUUCGGGGACAGUGAUGGCGGGAAGCCGAUGCAGGAUAACUUUCGCCCGCUUCAACCGCUAAAUGCCAUUCAGGCGCCGCAACCACGGGUGUUGUACAAAUCCUGGUCGGUAGCCACGCAAACCUCCGUCGCAACCAGUCUCCUCUUACUCAGCCUGAGCUUGACGCUUUUCAGACUUUCCUGUUAA